CUGCCUCAUCUGACAGGUAGCAGCCAGCACGCCCCCCCAGCUUCCAUCAUGACCAACAGGUGGAUCCUUCAAGCUGCAUUUCUGCUGUGGUUUCUCCCCAUAUCCCUGUCCAUCAACUACGAGGAACUUGAGGCCAGACAAAGCAGAAGCAAUUCAGAGUGUGAGGACCUCCUGAAACAGCUGCGUGGACCUCUCUGCCUCAGAGACAGAAAGUUCUUCAAGAUGCCUAUGGAGGUGAACCACCCAGAACAGAUGGAGAAGAGAGACACUGCCUUCAUCAUCCAAGAGAUGCUCCAGAAUAUCUUUCUUGUCUUCAACAACACUUUCUCCAGCACUGGGUGGAAUAAGACCAUCGUUGAAAGUUUCUUAGGUAAACUUCACAAUCAGAUAGUCUUUCUGAAUGAAACCCUAAAGGAAGUGCCAGAGGAUGAAAGUUUGACUACAAGGAUUAGCUUGAAGAGCUAUUACUGGCAGCUGGGAAGGUACCUUAAAGAGAAGAGGUACAGCAGCUGCGCCUGGAUGGUGACCCGAGCAGCAGUCUCAAGGAACUUUUUAAUCAUUAGAAGGCUCACUUGGAUCUUCCAGAGCUGAAGACCUGUUAGCUGAUGCCUCUGAGACUGGAUAAUGGUUGCAGGCAAUCUUGAAGCAUCUGAAAGGUCAAAGGAGGACUUUGAAAUUUUAUUAAUUUAUAACUUAAGUUAUUUUCUGAUCUUUAUUUAAAAUUUUAACCUAGGAAAAUAAAAAUAUUUAUGACACAAAA